AUGCUAAAAGAAUUUGUACUUCCACCUCCACCACCUCCUCCACCUCCUUCCCUACCACAAUCGACAUCGAUAUCGUCGUCGUCGUCAUCGUCGUCAUCAUCGACAUCGACAUCAACAUCAUCCUCAUCGCUAUCAUUGUCAAUACCCACCACUACCACAACAUUAUCAACCUCUAUAUCCAUUUCCAUUCCCAUUUCGAAUCCAACCAGUCCUACAUGGACUCCUCCACUUCUCUCUCCAACUCGAUUACAAGACAAAAAGGAAAACAAUAACAAUAACAACAAUACUAAUCAACAACAACAACAUAAUAAUAAUAAAGACAAAGAUAAUAAUAGUAGUAAUAAUAAUAAAACAACAUUCAAGAUAUCAGCCAUGUCAGUAUUCAAGAGAAAAGAUAAAGUUGAAAAAGAUGAUAAAAAGAAAAAGGAUGAAGUGUUUAUCAAGGAUUUUAUUUCUUAA